AGCAGGCUAGGUUAUCUUUGAUAUACUCAAAUACCUGAGACAAACCCCUUAAAAGCAUUACCAAUUAUUGUUUAUAAACACAGACGCGCAUCAUACCCACCAGAAGGGUUUAUUGACAACGUUUGUAUCCCAGACUAGCCACUGAUACUUCUUGACUUAAUAAAUGUUUGAGUUUGCUUAAACAAAUUGCAUGAGAUUUACGUCUUACAUGAAGAUUUCGAAAAGGGAAACAAAGUUUGAUGCAUACUUGUUGUUAGACCAAGCCGAGAGGGCACAUCAACACCUACGAUAUUAACUGAUUGACCCUAGGAAAAUUGUCUGAAGUGCUGAAGAGAGCGUGAUUAGAUAUGUAAAGUAAAGAACUUGUUUGGUUUUGACACCAGCCAAGGAGAUACAGCACUCGCACCUAAUCUACUUAGGACAAGUCAACUAAUCUGUGAAGUAAGAUUAAUGCUUAGCAACGAGAUAACAUAACAUAAAUAUCUUGUACUUGACGUGAUAAAUAGCGCCCUGGAAACAGUGGAAACAAAGCACAGAAUAAUUCGAUGGCGAGCGAUUUGGAGUUCAAAGAUGAUGGCAACGAGACGAUGGAAGAAGAAUUGAUGAACGGAUUUUCUGUCCACUUUGAUAUCUAUCCUGUCAUUGUUGCAGUAUUGAUAGUCAUCGCCAAUGCCACCGCUCUGAUCCUGAUUCUUCGUAGAAAGAAACUCCAAACUGUGAGCAAUGGUAUAUCAGCAAGCUUAGCAGUGAGUGAUUUUUUGGCUGGUGCGGUAGGGAUACCUUUGUACCUGGCCUGUAAUGUCACUCACACUCCGUCGUGGUGCCUCUCUAGCGCUGCCUUCUGGAGGUUUGUAUCUGUCUCUACAGUUCUGCAUUUGACUAUUUUGACGUUGCAUCUGUUUGCCACAGUGGUUCGCGCUUUAAGAUAUGAUUCCCUCUCAAGGCAAAGAGUUUCUGUCUGUCUGGUAUGCGCCUGUUGGGUCUGUGCUGCCUUUGUGUCUCUUAUUCAGCUGUCUUGGAUCAUCUAUCCGGACGACAAUUAUUAUGAGCACAAGCUUCGAGUUCACCGAAUUUACUCCAUCGUUGUGAUGAUCCUCUUCCUCGCUGUACCGUUGGUUACGAUGGUUUAUUGCUACACACGUAUUUUUGCUCUUGUUCGCUUGUACAGAGUGGAGAAACAGGCACAGCUACGGAAGGUCCGCUCUCUUGACGACAACCAAAACCAAACGUUCCCUAAUGUUGCAUUGAAGUGGAAAGUCGCUGUGGUGUUUGCAAGCAUGUUAGCCGUGUUCCUCAUUUGUUGGGCGCCAUACUUCAUCCUGGAACUUAUGGAGGACGGUGAAACUCUGGAGUCAUUACCUUUUUGGGCAGUGUAUUUCAUGUUUUACUACACAAGAUUCACUGCCUCCGCGAUCAACCCAGUCAUUUUGGUUCUGGGAAAGCGCGAUUUCCGAUCUGCCCUCUACGAAUGUUUAAGGUGUUGUCUUACCUCAAAGAAAAACAAACGGGCUCGUGGAACAAUCGAUUUUCUCGUUUAAAACGAUAAAGCGACUUAGACAAGAAUUGAAGCGUAGAAAGGUGAUGACUGAUCAGAACAAACGGGUUUGAAUUAGUUGUUAAGUGCUGGUAGAUGUUAAAUCUCCUAACUAGCGAGGACAAAUUGUUGAUAACAAUCUCGAAAUAUGAUCAAAAACAGCGUGUAACAAUAGUUUGAAUUAUAAGCUGAGAACUCUGGAGGGUCCCACAUUCAUGAAGAAACUAGGUUGUUCAUUGAGGAUCUACCACACAUUUUAUGACGUCAUAACGGUAGUAGUUGCAUUCCAUUUACGUUGCUUGGUUGAAGUUAUGUUUGAUUCUCCCAAAUGCAACGGGAUUACUUUUCUCCUUAAUUAAAUUUUUAACCUCAAAUCGAA